GGACUUUUAUCCACUUCAAGAGUAGCUCCUGCAUCACCAACUAGUAAACAAGGGCGUUCACAAUUAAAUAAUGGUACAGCUGUAAAUUCAUCAACUAGUAAUUUAAGUUCUAGCAAACCUGAUAAAAGAAAUAAAAAUAAUUUAUCUUCUACAAAAACUCCGACAAAUUUAACUUCGACUAGUUGUAAACAGCGCACAACUCCACGUUCCACUCAUUCUUUGAGUGCAAAUUCUUCAUCAACCAAUCUUCCCAGUUCAUCUAGUUUACUUACACCAGGUUAUAAUACUAUGGAAGUAGAUUCCUCUUCUUCUGCUGCAAGUACGCCAAGUGGUUAUAAUAAUUCUGCUGGCCAGUAUGAUGAUAAUACGACAAGUGGUGAUGAUGAAACUACUAGCUUUUUACCAGGAUCUGAAAAGAGCAAGAAAGAGCGCGAAAGAGAACGAAGAAGGCAAGAAGCCCGAAUGAAAGGGUCUUCAGCCAUGAAUCCUCACGUAGCACUUAAAACUUAUGCACCAUCUUUAUCAUUAUUUGAACGUUCAGAAAUAUUAGAAUAUUCUGAAGUUUAUUUUGUGGGUCAAAAUGCCCAAAAAGUCGCAUCGAGUCCUGAAUUGACUGGUUGUAAUUUUGGCUUCGAUGAUGAUCGUGGAGAUUAUAUCGUAAUAAACAAUGAUCAUUUAUGUUAUCGUUAUGAAAUAGUUGAAAGUCUAGGCAAAGGUUCUUUUGGUCAAGUAUUAAAAUGUCUUGAUCAUAAAACGGGAGAGUAUGUGGCUGUUAAAAUAAUUC